AUUAACAGCCCCUUCGAAGCGGAAAGCACUUCCGUACCGUGACGUCGUGUCAAAAUAAAAGUCCCACACCCAUGUAGUACAGUUCAUGACCGUACGUAGACCGUAGUUUUCUAGACAAGCGGUAUUUUAACAUUUAUUAGACGUCACACCGUAUGAACUGAUCCCACUUCUAUAACAGGCUGUGCGAUAACAAGUAGUCUCCAUGUCUGAAUAGAUGAUGGGAUGUCCUCUAAAGUUGUGCGGCUUUUAGUAUGAAUGUUAAGGCCUUAAGGUUGUUUAUAAGCUAGUGUGCUCCAAGACAGUGAGAGAACUCGUAUUUCGGAGAUGUAUGCAUUCGAAUUUUACAGUCUCGACAGUUUUAAUGACUUCCAUUCUGCACUUCAGCUUCUCGUCGGAUUUUCUGUCCAAUCAAACACGCUGUAGAAUCUGAAGCGUCCCGCCCCCGAUAUUAUAAACAUCACCUUGUGCAGUGAGAGAAAUCAGAUCCGCGAGCAUGGGGCGUAAAUGUAUCCUUGGCUGUUCAAACGCGCGCAUUUUGUUCCGUUUUCCAACUGUACGGUGGUUGAGAAGGAAAUGGCUGGAGUUCAUGCCGUAUGAUGAAGGAAGUAUUUGCGUCAGUUCACGGCUUUGUGACCGGCAUUUUUCCGAGGACUCCUUCGUCAAUUUUGGGAUGUUCGCCGCAGGGUUUGCGAGCCACCUUCAGCUGGCAGAGACAGCCGUUCCUACUCUAUACACUGUAGGGUCACCGCUUCCGACACGAACACCUGACAGCGCUGCUUCUCACACAAUUGAGGUAGAUUUGCCCUGAUGGAGGUUGUAGUCGAAACCCUAAGUACAGCUUCGAGAUGAGCGUCAGUAAUCCUGCACCUGUACUUGCAUUUAUUAAAGUUCAUUGUUGAGAAAAGUUUUUCACACAGAUAUGUGCUUCCAAAAAGGCACGUUAACCGAUUGAACAUUUUUAACAGUUCUGGGAAGGAUGGAGGUAAGUGUCUCAGAAAUUGUCCAAUGAGUUCUGCUUUUUCCUGCGCCUCCCUGAAUUUACUUUUGAGUUCACUGUUACACUGCAAGUCAAGAAGUUCCAUUUGCAAGACACUUUGGACACUCUCCACAUCGACCGAGGAGGAGUCUGCAAACAGCUGGAAAGUGUCAUGGUGUGCCUUGAAAUCAGCAAAGCGAUCAUCGAAUUCCUGCAGUAGGUUGUCAAUAGCACAUGUAUCUUUAUCACCACUGAAUGAUGUGCCCUCCUCCACAAGAGAUCUGCAUGAUGGGGAAUGGCUAAGGUGUUUUACAGAAAGCUGACAUUUCCACAAUCUCAGUUUUAUGGAGAUUUCUGGCUUUCACGUUUUCAAAAUAUCUUCGGAUGUGGUGCGGCCGUGCAUUGGACACAAACUUAGCAACUCUUCUGUCGCUUCGAACUUCGCAUUAAUACGCCUUAUGAAAAUCGCGAGCUGAGCAUUGUCAGUUUUAUCGGUGCUUUCAUCGAGCGCCACAGAGUAUGCGGUGAAAACUUUAACUUUAUCACGUGACUGAUCAUAAAUGUCACUUGAUGACUCGCUGAUCCGCUCCGCCACCAUGUUAGCCGAUAGCGCUAUAUUGUUGAACAAGCUCUUUUUUUUUUCCUGGACAUAAAGUAUCUGCAACUUUCAUCACACAGUCCUUCAGAAACGGGCCUUCAGUGAAUGGCUUUUCCGGCAUUGGCGAUUAAUUCACUCGCCACAUAACUUGCCUGGACUGCAGUAUCAACAUCCUUUUUGGCUUUAUGAGAAAUACUUUGCUGAGAUAUAAAUCCUCUCUGUAGCCGCAUGGCUCGUGUUGCCCUCUCAUCUCCCUCAUUCUUCUCGUACUGCUCUCCGUGUUUAGUCCAAUAAUGACGCUUGAUAUUAUAUUCCUUUUAAAACUGUAACUUUUUUCGUUGCAUAUCAGGAGAUUAUUCUUUUGGAGAUAUUAAAAGAAUAUUUAUAGGUCAUUCUGAGGUCACUCACCCCCCCCCCCCCCCACACACACACGCUCCAAAUUCACCCCAAAUAGUCUCAAUCGUUUGUGCUCCGUUUGUGCCGCUUCCGUUUUUUUAAAACAUUAGACAUCGACUUAUAGGCGCAAAUCUCCUCGGUGUGAGCACUCUUUUAGAGUCGAAUUGCCGAAGACUGUCCAGACAAAUCAUAUCCUCAUUUGUUCAAUAAACAGUUAUCUUUACUUCAUUCACUGGUCUCUCAGGAUUGAACUUUUCAUUUAUUUACAAGGAGAAUCAUCUGUUACACUUCACUGCCACCACUAGGUGUAAGUGUCACUUCAGUUCAAGAUGCUUUUGUGGAAAUUAGUGGUGUUAGUAUAGGAAAAGUAGAUAAAGUUACUAAAUCAAAAUUCUGGCCAGUGUAAGUACAAUGUUUUAACACGGUCAGUUACAAUAUUAUUAGUUAAUUUCAGUCAUAAUGGUACAACAUUCAAGAGUGCUAAGAUGGUCAAUGUUUAUUGAACAGAAAACUCAUUGCUAAUACUAAUAUGGCUAAUGGAGCUAUGAAAUGCUAAUUACAGCUGCACAUGGUACCCAUGUUAGUUUUUUGAAUACACUGUGAAUCUAGGGGUCAACAUUACCAUAUUGGUCCUAAUAGAAGAUAUAAUAUCCUUAUAUUAUUACUAUAUUAUAUUUUCCUUGUAUUCUGGCAAAUAGAGUAAUACAUGAAAACAAGUUUAUACUGUGUGACAUUUUUGGAGUCAGGAUUAUCCACGUGGACAUUAUAUAUACACGCACGCACACACUUACCUUGGAGUCCGUGUUACAUUUCACACAUCCUGUGAUCCACCGUGUCCGUUUAAAAGAUGAAAACACACAGCGGAUAUGUAACAAUUAAGCAGUGACGUGCGGGCUGGGGAGGCAGUGCCUCCCCUGUGUCAUCAUGAUAUGUAAAAAAUGAUAAUGAUUAAAAAUAAAUAAAUAUUUGUCCACUGAUCUGUGAUAGAAAUUUAAUUAUUGUAUGAUUCCAAUCAUUCCAGUGAUUUUUUUUUUCCCCUCACAAACUAGGUUGAGCUGCUCCUUUUUUUUUUUUUUUUUUUUUUUUGCUCAACUUGAGCACGUGCAAUUGAUCUCUCUCUCUAUGCCACCAAUGUAAUGUUUGUACCCACUUUUAUCAUAUGUCCUCACAUUCCAUAGUCUAAGUCACGUAUUUCACGUAUGUGUAUAACUUAAAAGUCUUUCUGAUCUGACAUAAUGCCGUGGUGAAAAAGCAGGAGGGGAGGCAGCCAGUACCUCUGCCUCACUGAAGGGGGCGCGUGUGAGCAUACGGGCUUGUCCUGCAAUUCUUCUUCUUCAUGUAUUACAGACAAAUUGCAUUGUGGGUAAUAUGCUGCCUAAAAAAAAAAAAAGGCAAGUAGAGAAAGUCAGUCCGUUUAUUUAUUAUUAUUAUUAUUAUUAUUAUUAUUUUACCCUGACUGCAAAAAUGGAAGAUUAUAUAGAUAAGCUAAAACAUUUCUCAAAACUGGACUUUCAGUCAAAACUGGAAGUGAUAAAUAAUGGAAGACCGACGCCGGAGCUAAAAGAUUUGCUUCAAACGACGGGACAGAAGAUAACCCGCUCUUUUCACACCGAGUGGUACACCCGAAAAGAUUGGCUGUGUGGCUGUGCUUCGAGAAACCGCCUUUUCUGCUUUCCCUGCCUUUUGUUCACAACCAGUGACAACGUCUGGACUACAACGGGAUUCUGUGACUUGAAAAAUAUCCCAAGAAGCCUGAGCAGACAUGAAAGUUCAACUUCUCACAUUCAAAGCCAAAUUGCUUUAAAAACUUUUGGAAGCACGAGGCGAGAUUUGGCUUUGAACGAACAGCGGAGACUAAACAUUAGCGCCCACAAUGCUAAGGUAAAGGAAAACCGAGAGGUUUUAAAACACCUCAUUAACGCAACUUGCUUCCUAGCCAAACAACAAUUAGCAUUUGGUGCUAACGAUGAGAGCACGAGCUCUCCUACUCGUAGCAACUACGUAGAACUAUUACAUGCUUUUGCUGAGAAAGAUGAUGGGUUAGCUAGACAUUUGGAGACAUCCAGUGUGUUUUCUGGCUCAUCAAACAGGAUUCAGAACGAUUUAAUUGACGUAAUAAGUGAUGUGAUUAGAAAUGAUAUAAAAAGGGAGAUUAAUGCAGCCCUAUUUGUUGCUGUAGAAGUAGACGAGACAACGGAUGUCACAGACAAAGCCCAGAUCUCUGUCAUCUUGCGUUAUGUGGCUAUAAGUGAAGUGGCCUGUGAAGUGAGGGAGGCGUUUUUGGGAUUUGAUGACGUGAGUAAUGACAGACGAGAAGCUGCUAUAGCUGAGUACAUCUUGGGAGUGUUGGAGAAAUACAAGUGUGUGGAAAAGCUGGUAGCUCAGACUUAUGAUGGAGCUGCUGUGAUGGCAUCAGAGCUCAAUGGGGUGCAGGCUAAGAUUAAAGAAAAGGUGCCUGAAGCCUUUUUUACGCACUGUUACGCACACAAAUUGAACCUGGUGCUCAUGCAUUCAGCGAAAUGCAUGCCUCAGACUAGAACUUUUUUUAAAACCGUCGAGGGACUAGGGACAUUUUUCAGGAAGUCCACGAAACGCACACGUUUACUGGAUGAUGUCGUGAAGCGACGUUCACCAAGAGCAGCGCCCACGAGAUGGAGCUCAACUUCUAGGCUGUUGCAGACAAUAAGCAUGCACCAAUCUGAUCUGCGUGCUGUAUUCCAUAUUAUGGGUGAAAAUCCAGGUAGUUGGGAUAAUGACACGCUAAUGAUGGCCACUGGAUAUGAUCAAUGGCUGGCAAAAGCGUCAACGUGCUUUUUCAUUAUGGCAUACGAGGACAUUUUCAGUGAAACGGACGCACUCUUUAGAGCGCUGCAGAGCAACGUGAUGGACAUCGGAUUUUGUCGCGCACGAAUCCGCGACACAAUUGGAGUCGUGGAACGCCAGAGACAGGAGUUUGACAGUUUCUAUGAGCGAUUUGAGCGGAAAUGCGCCACACUUGGCCUGACGGAUAGUGUCCAAAGUAAACAGUCAGUCAGAGAUGAGAGGAAACGAAUGUUUCAUAAUGUUCUGGACGAUAUCAGUGUUCAACUGAAAGCUAGGUUUGAUCAUUUCGGUGAGCUAGCUUUCUUUGGUUUGGUUGAUUGUACAAAAUUUGAGGAAAUGUUACACCAUUUUGAUGACACCAAAAUGCAGAGCCUGUCAAAAUAUGCUAGGUACUUUGACUUUGUUAGACUGAAGGCUGAUCUCAUCGGACUUUAUAGCUCACAAACGGUGAGGAAUGAAUGCAAAUCUCCUGGACAGCUUCUCAGCUUUUUGGCCCAGAAGGAUCUGAUGAAGACUGUUCCUGAGGCGACAAAGUUACUUCAGCUGGUGCUCACUAUACCAGCUACAGCAGUGUCCGUGGAACGGUCCUUCUCUGCUUUGAAAAGACUGAGAACAUACAGUCGGAAUCGGACCGACCAAGGACGGCUUUCAUCCCUGGCAAUGAUCUCUAUUGAGACCGAGAGACUUUUAAAACUAAAAGAAGAUAAAGAGGACUUUUACACCAAAGUCAUAGAGCUGUUUGUCCAGAAGGAUAGGCGAAUGGACUUCAUUUACAAGUUACAAGUAAAGGAGAAACCGGAAGAAACCAUACCAGAAGCACGCCUGUGCCCCUUGUGUCAAAGCCAUCAAAAGGACAACGAUGCUCUUUCUUUGCACCUGACUAAAAAACACAGCGUGCAUCCAGCGUGUCUCACUAACUUACUCGUCACUGCACCUUACACAAAUCGUUCCAGCAGCAGAGUCGGAGAAUCCACUGCACAAAAUAUCAGAGAUGGUACAUCCCAGCAGAACUCCUCAGAAAGCACCACAUCCCCUUUAAUGGCAGUUCAACAGGAUGGUUCUUCCCAGGAAAACGAUGCGUGUGAUGAAGCAGGGGUAGGGAACAGCGGAAGCAGCUAUGGUGACACAGAAGUCUCUGUCAAAGACGAGGAAAGCAACGCUGCUGCUGAUGGCCCCCCUUUCAAGUGUCACGCCUGUCUGGAAUACUUUACUGAUAAGUCAGCAUUGCACGUACAUUUCAAUUCAGCCACUCAUAUGCAAAAGAUGAGAACAGGAGCAGGGAACGACAGCAAUUCCUCAAGCCCUGUUCCUGCUUACCCUUAUGUCUCUACCAAACCGUACCAGUGUGAUGUGUGCCAGGUCUCUUACUUUUACUCCUUCGGUUUGGAGAGCCAUCUGAAGUCCGUGUUGCACCAGAGUCGUACCAAGAAGGCUGGAAAUACCGCAACCAAUUCCAAAACAAAUACAGAAACCAGAAUCGUCGUGGCAAACCUGGCAGGCACCACAGUGGCUAACGCCACACCGUUAGCUAGUGCUAAGACCGGUCAUUGUGUGACGCAAGCGGAAAAGGUUCCGCUGCAGCCCGCUUCGUCGUUGAUUUCCGCUCCAGUGGUGUCGGCUCAAGCAAUGUCUACCGUUCUCCCUCUCUUAACAUUAGCUCCAAACUCUGUUCCACACGCCAUCGUCAACUCGGUCUUUCCUCCACUAGGGACUUCAACUACUCAGCUAAUACCCCAGCCUCAAGUGCUAAUGCCUUUUAUUGUGAAUGGGCUCCAAACUCAAAGUCCAACCCCAGACGGCCCUCAACAAAUUUUGCAGCAAGCUGUGCCGGUCCUUGGUCUCUGCUCAGCGCAGCAUGCUCAAGGACUUGGCUCAAGUGAUUCCCAAAGUCAGUCGGCAGCUACUGGAGUCUCCAAUGCAUCUCCGAUACGUUUAGAAACGAACACAACUGUUGAUGGAGAAGGAGUGAAGGUGAAAAUUGAAAUCAAAGAGGAGCCUUGUGACCAAGAGGUAUCACAGAUGACAGCCUGUACAGCAGAUGUGAUCAGUCAGGUGGGUUUAAAACAGGAGGAUAACAGAGUGUGGGAUGGAAUGGAGGAUAGCAUAGUGUGUAGUGACGAGCAGCAGAGCAAAGCCAAAGGGGUGAGUGUAGGGGAAAAUUCCAAAAGACGACGUUCUGAUGCAAAUAAAGCCUCAGCAACUCAGGACCUUCAGAGUUCACAUGUUGGCAAAUCCAGUCCUGCAAAAUGCAACCCCUCACCUGCUAAUCUUGUCAAAAGUACCAAGACUCAUCCAAGCUUGUCCUCAGGACCUCCAGUACUAAGCGAGUUUCAGUCUCAGGUUCUGUGGGCCUUUUCCGAGUCACGAAAUGAGGCUGAUUCAGAAAUUCCUCCAAGAGAAGACUGUGAAGCCCUUGGCAGGGAAGUAGGACUAACCGAGGACGAGGUACGAGAAUGGCUAGUGGACACCCACCGCACCAAAAACAGGCACCAUACAGAUGUACAGUCUCGCUAUGAGAGUCAAGGAAGCACCGAAGACGACGAGGACGCUCUGACGAUCGACGAAAGUGGAGGAAUGGUUCUCCGCUCCAAUACGGACUUCCUUUCAGACGAAGAGAACGCAGAUGACGAACAGACCACGGUGAAUAAGAAGAGAAAGAGGGGCACGGAUAAGCAGGAUUCGCUGGAGGAAUCGGGAAGGGCAGAAGGUCGAUUGUGUCCUUCGUUCAGAACAAGCUGAUCCACCAGUCAACCCUCAAGGUUCUUCAAUCCCUCCUUGUCGGAGUCAGUGUUUCUGUCAGAGACCUAGCCAAAGCAGCGGCCUUUAUAAUCCACCAAUUACAGCCUCAGGGUCAAAAUUCAUUUCUAAUAUGGUUCUACACCUUAAAACCUUGCCGUGGUCGUAUAAUUAAUUACGCACUUGGUUCCGUUCUGUUUUGGGAGCUAAUCGAUGAACACUCACUACAGUUUCUCACUUUUUAUUAUCUUACUGCCUCUUCAGCUAUUUUGGUUUUAUUAUGAUUAAUAUGUACAGUAUACAUGUUAAACCAUGUAUAAAUGUUUAAUAUUGAAAUGAUGCUUUAUAUGGUGUGAAGAUUAAACAAAUUUUGCUAUUUGUACUACACAAGCUUGGUCAAACAUUCUAUUUUUUAAAAUUAUUAUUAUUUAUUUAUUUAUUUUAAAUUGCAUUAUUGACUCCAGGUACGAGUAUAAACAAACCAUACAUAUAGCUGCUAUGCAGGGGUUUUUUUUUAUUAUUAUUAUUUUAUUUUAUUGAAGUCGCAGAAGUUAUACCCAUCCUGUGCAUUUCUCGCAUGGGUCCAGUCCUCUAAUUUGAUUGGAUGAGCCACAUUCCAAGAGUGUUUAUAUUUAAUAUAACCCGCACUGGGACGUUUCACCGUUUUGUAUCACUCUGCUCGUCUUGUAGUGGAAAAAUCCCUCCAACCAAAGUAAAAAAAAAAAAAAAACUCCCAGAGACCAAGGGUUAUGGAUAUCAAAAGAAAUGAAACUUUAUUUAAAACAAUAAAAAUGACAGUCUGCAGAAGGUCGAAAUUAUUCAAACACACACGCACUUUUAUACCUUUCUGCAACAGCGAGCUCAUGGUUUGACCUUUUCUCAUUAAAAAACAGACCGAUCCUUCUUCGCCACAAUUAAUUAUUCAUGUCUAUAUCAUCUCUUACAUUUGUGGCGCAUGCAUAGUUAAUUGCUUUUUAGAAAGGUUUUUAUAAGGCCGGGGUUUUGUUUUGUUUUGUUUGUUUUUUUUUACUCUGUCCUAAAUUCACCUCUACACUUUAAUGAAUUUCUGGCUCUCACCCAAUUCCCUUCCACUCCCUUAAUGAUUCUCUGGCUUUCGUCCUAGCUCGAGGUUCUUUUUUUUUUUUUUUUUUUUUUUUUUUCCUGGAAGCCUUAUCUUUUAUUUUGUCAUUGGUUUGCAAGCUUCAAAACGUUUUGAUUGUGGAAAUAGUUUCAGCGAAUGUCUAAUGCUAAUUUAUUGCUGUGUAGAAAGGUACAGGAUGAUACCCAAAAAAAAAACCAACUACUUGGCAAUAAGACACAAUUCCUCGAACUCGGUACACACUUAGAACGUAACUUGAUUAGAAAGUCUUCUAUGGUCUUACAUUAUGCUUCUAAAUAUUGAUUAUACAUCUAAAUUAUGAUUAACUAAUAUUGAUUUUUAGAUUAUGCUUCUAAGUAGUAAUUCUAAAUGUUCGUUAUACAUAUUGAUUACAUUUUAUCAAUAGAUUCUAGUCGUUGUGUGUUCACCACAGAAAAUUCCACUUCUAGCACUAGCUCCGAAUCGUUCCGACGCUAGUGUUUAUCAGCAGACGUCGCAAACACUGCGGUCUACGUGAAUAAAAUGUCAGACUUCAUAAAAAGUAAGAAGGGACGCCGAUUUUACCAGAGGCGACUUUAGUUCGCCCGUAACUCUCGUAGACGCUCUUUCUAACUGUGGUGAGCAGAAAAGCAUUUCCACAUGCACAAAACAUCGAACCUUGAUGCGGAUGAGCUACAACAGCGGACGCCCACAUCCGGUUCCACUCCUGUCGGCUGAGAACAGGAGUCUGAGGCGAUCAUGGGCACGGACUCGCUGAAACUGGACCGCUGGAAGUAACAGGAGAAGCCACGAGACCUGAUCACUGAGCCCAGAGAUGUAGUACACAAGAAGAACAAGAGUGGACCAAGAACUGACCUUUCACUCUGGUACUCAGGCUCAGAGACUCUCAUCCUACAUGCUAACAUUGAUCCUGUAGAAAUGACAAAAUCCAUCAGUGCACAGCUCCAAAUGUAUAACCUCGUGAUAUGAGAUGAGGAUCCGGUGAUUCGCAGUACUAAUGGAAGGUCAGGAAAUUGAGACGUUAAAUUAAAGAAAUUACCCUAAAAGCUACAUUAUAACAGGAAAUAAAUACAACCUGGGGUGCGUAUUAGCACUGAGCCUCUUCCUGUAACGUCUAACGAGGCUAAAGAACGGUCCGAGAGGAAUCUUGAGAACAUUCGAACCCUUUUAUAUUAUAUAUAUUUUUUACGUUUGCACAUUUAGACUGCUUUCUCCAAUUCGGACAACAGAUUUUUAAUUAUGCUCAAAUAUAGCCGGUUCUUUCAUACCGAACCUGUUAAACCAUGUCUUGGUAAACAUUUUGGCCGAAACAACAACGGGCCCAUUUUCUAGAACGAUCUUGUAUUGUAGGUUGCUAUUGUGUUUUCCAUUCCGCAUAAUUAAGGGCAGGUAACACAUUCCCGGCAUCCGCUCCAGCCAGGAUCAAACGGUGAACGUUUACAAUUAUUCGUUUAGCAGAUGCUUUUAUCCAAAGCGACUUACAAAUGGUGAACCUUGAUUUAUCUGUGCUGCUUCAUAAAUACUUUGCCUCAGUCGUGCUUGGCGACUGAAACUUCUCGUAAGCAAAAAAUGUUCUCACGCUGCAAGAUCUUCACGUGUCUUUUGUUGCGAUGGCACAAAAUUUGACGGAGAUUGACGAUCGGGCAGAGAUCCGUUGACUGUGAAGGCCAUGACAUAAUUUGCAUGCUCAUCAAACCAUUAUGCCCUGGAGAUGGAUGGGGGCGGGUCAUCC